UUAACAAAGAGCCAGAGGCCUGUUCGCUCUCUUGUUGGAGGCUAAAAUGUGGCGUACAGUGUGAUCAGCUGAAAGUCAUCGUGACAUCUUGGCGGCAGCUUUACAUAUUUGAUCACUUGGAAGGGAAAAAAAAAACUGUCAAAUCAGGCAAACCCUCUUCCCUCCUCCUCCUCCAAAUUGUCUGUCUUUGUAGUACCACUAGGCAACAGUGAGUGCAUCACUGGAAACGUGGAAGUGCGCAGGAGCCGCGCAGGGAAAUCGAAGGGAAAGAAGGAUCUAAGCAGCCAAAAGAGCAUCUGGUGGAUCUCUACCGCUGAACCGCGAGAAUCCUGUCGACAUUUGUCUAAGAGAGGGAAAUAGGUGCCCGAAAAGAGCCUGGCAAUCAGCGUCGAUGCGCGCAGCCAAAAAUGACGACAGUGGGACAGUGAUUUUCUUCCUCCAGCUCGUCAUUUUUUACAGUCAUAUGCUUGGGCGCAAUUCAUCUCCUAUGUAUACAGAUCGCAAAAGACGGACUGGAAACCGAAUAACCUCCAACACAGCAGCAAGUGCGCACAGAGGCGUUUCAUCCUGGAAACCGCUUCCAGCGACUAAUUACGCAGAGAUAUUGGUGUUUUAUGGGCCGUUAAAGGAUUUUGAACUUUCGCAUGAAAACUUACUUUGUGAGUACAUUUUUGAACAGGUCGAUAUAGCCCCAGCCUUCACUGGCGAUGAGUAAUCCACGACGCAGCAACUGAUAAACCUGUAAAACCUGGACUGCGACUGGCGCGUUUGGAUACCUUAUCCUGUGCGUCUCUUAUUAUUUUUUUCAUGGCUUCUAUCUGCGGGCUUUGUAAACUACUCGUCCAUUGUUGAUAUUUCAUGGCUGUAGAGUGUAGCAACAGUGGUGUGUGGCGAAAAAGGACGGUGCAAGACUAACUGGGGCGAAGACAGCGCACUUUUAUCGCCUAAUUUCUGAACAGGAGACAUUGCGCCCGGGCAUUGACGACUGCAGCAACUACAACCCAGACUUUUUUUUUUUUUAAUCAUUAAAUCCUUUGUUACUUCUUUGGCUGCUGUCAUCGUAGUAUGUCUGCACUUCGAAAGAAAUUUGGGGACGAUUAUCAGGUAGUGACCACCUCAUCUAGCGGGUCUGGAUUCAAUCAGCCUCCCCUAGAGAAAAAGAAGAAGAGGCAGCGGUUCGUGGACAAGAACGGGCGAUGUAACGUCCAGCAUGGGAACCUGGGUGGUGAAACCAGCAGAUACCUCUCAGACUUAUUCACAACACUAGUAGAUUUGAAAUGGCGCUGGAAUCUAUUUAUUUUCAUCCUCACCUACACAGUCGCUUGGCUCUUCAUGGCCUCUAUGUGGUGGUUCAUCGCGUACAUCAGAGGAGACCUCAACAAAGCCCACAAUGACAAGUACACUCCAUGUGUGGCCAAUGUCUAUAACUUUCCCUCAGCCUUUCUGUUCUUCAUAGAGACCGAGGCCACUAUAGGAUAUGGUUACAGAUACAUCACAGACAAAUGCCCCGAGGGGAUCAUUCUCUUUCUUUUCCAGUCGAUCCUCGGAUCGAUCGUCGAUGCCUUUUUGAUCGGCUGCAUGUUUAUCAAGAUGUCUCAGCCCAAGAAAAGGGCCGAGACUUUGAUGUUCAGUGAACAUGCGGCGAUUUCUAUGCGAGAUGGCAAACUAACUCUCAUGUUCAGGGUCGGCAACCUGCGUAACAGCCAUAUGGUCUCUGCACAGAUCCGCUGCAAAUUGCUCAAAUCUCGCCAGACGCCCGAAGGCGAGUUCCUUCCGCUGGAUCAGUUGGAGUUGGACGUGGGUUUCAGCACCGGGGCAGACCAGCUCUUUCUCGUCUCACCGCUCACGAUCUGCCAUGUGAUUGACACCAAAAGCCCCUUCUAUGACCUCUCCCAGAGGUCCAUGCAAACAGAGCAGUUUGAAAUUGUGGUGAUACUAGAAGGAAUAGUAGAGACUACAGGGAUGACCUGCCAAGCGAGGACGUCAUACACCGAGGACGAAGUUCUGUGGGGACACCGCUUCUUCCCGGUUAUCUCCUUGGAGGAAGGCUUUUUUAAGGUGGACUACUCUCAGUUCCAUGCCACGUUCGAGGUGCCCACCCCUCCAUACAGCGUGAAGGAGCAGGAGGAGGCGCUGCUCCUCUCCUCACCACUCAUGGCUCCGUCUCUGUGCAACAGCGGGGAGAAGAACAGCUCUUUGGACUGCCUGGAGACCCUGGAGGACAAUGACAGCACCACCAAGCUGCCCACCAAGCUCCAGAAGAUCACAGGGCGGGACGGCCUGCCCAAGAAGUUACUAAGGAUGAGCUCCACCACUUCAGAGAUGACUUACAGCUUUGGAGACCUGCCCAUGAAGCUGCAGCGAAUCAGCUCUGUCCCCGGUGUCUCUGAUGAUAAGCAGGCUGGUAAGGCCUCAAAGAUCAACACAGAGCCCAUGAGUAAGUCAGUAGCAGACUUACCUCCCAAGCUGCAGCGACUGGCUGGUGGAGGAGGGGGCAGGAUGGACGGACACCUGCCACCCAAACUCAGAAAGAUGAAUUCAGAUCGUUUUACAUAAAGCAGGCAACAUAUUUUAACUUAUGCCAUCCACCUUUAUUCCCCUACCUGAAGUCCUUGUACUAUUCCUAAUUUAUUAAUGGACAAUAUUCUUAUAUUAAAAGAAAUGUAGAAUAUGUGCACAAAUACCUUAUAUAAAGUAGGGUGAUGGAAUUGAGCACAUUUGUCCCUGGAUGUAGAUGUACAUGCUAUGACGAAAGACCUCUGAUAUUUUUUUCCUUUCUUUCUUCCUUUCUUUUCUUUUCUUUUUUUUUUUUUUUUAGGACAAUGUACAAUUAGCACAAUCUGGCAUGUAACAAACAGCGCAUGUAGAACAGAAUCUCAAUAAUUUCUGGCAUGAUGUUUAUUGAUAUAUUAUUUUACAAAAACAAUUUCAUUAGUGAAUUUACUGACAGUGAAAAAUUGCAGAAAGCCAUAUGAUUUACCACGUGGAAAGCCUACAUUACAUGGUUCUAAUUUGUGGUGACAAAAGGCACAUACAUUUGUUUUGAGUUUAUUGCUUUCGUUGUUUAAUGUAAAAUUGUGGCAAUGUUAUGUUGAUUGCAUGCUCCUCUUAUUGACUUAGCUAUACAAAGGUAAUAGACAAAGAUGUUUAGCCUUAACUAUAUUACCUUGUUUCCAUUUUCAUGUUUGUUCACAGCUGGCUUUUUGGUAUUUCAUAUAUAGACUAUUUUACCAUGUGCAAUUUUAUGAAUUUAUUAGUUGAUCAAUUACCGAAUAUGUUGCUAGAUGAUGCAUUUCACCUUUGAAAAUGCGUUACUGACAUCACAUGACCCGUCUGAACUGGGCACAAUGCUACGCAAUUUUCACUUGCUUAUUAACGUAACACUUAAGUUGAAAGAGUCAGUACCUGUACUUGAUAAGCACAAAACAAUCAUUAUAUUAUACCCAGUGAUAUUAGAAAGCAUUCAUGGGCAUUUUGUCAUUAACUGCUUAGAGCAGUAGUUCAGUACUGUGCAAUCAUUUUCUUUCAUUAUAUAACAAAAUCAACUUAAUCUACAGUAGGCCUAUGUGGCCAUGCAAAACACUCCAUUAUAGAAUUUCAACUUAGGUGUUACUGGUUAGAUUUAGAGGUGAGCCUGUAAGAAAAUCAUAACCUUUGUCUUAAGGGCCCGUAAUCUCCCUCCUCUGUGAUGAAAGCAAUAAUCUUACAAUGACUAUAAUCUUUAUAUAGCCACAGGGUCUAUCACAGCCCCAUGUUCAUUCUGUUUACCGAAUUCACGCCAUGAAAUCUGGUUUUCUCUAAAUGCAUCAAAGACAUUGUAUGAUACCCAAUCUCUUCAGGAAUAAAGAUUUAACAUAACUGUUUAACAUCUUACUACUCUGACUAGAUGUAAUGCAUGCUUUACCCGUACAAGUCAAAAAAUGUUAUGAAUAUUCUUCCUACAGGGGGUGGUCAAAAUGAUGGAAAGCUAACAAUACUCAGUGUAAAGAGCUGGCAUGGGCAUGUGCAGACGCAUCUACCACCAGGUCAAGCCUGAUCAUUGCCAAAAACAAAGCACGUACACAUGUGCACAUAACAAUUUUGACUGUUCAGCUUAAAGGACUAGUUUGACAUGUGGGAAACACAUUUAUUUGCUUUCUUGCCAAGAAUUACAUGAGAAAUUUCUAUCCGUCUACCUGUCUGUAAGGUAAACAUAUGUAGCGACAGCCAGCAGCUAGUUAGCUUUGCCUUGCAUGAAGACUGGAUAAACACUAUCCUGGGUCUGUCCAAAUGUGAAAGAGACUUGCCAGCUCACUAAUUAACACAUCAUAUUGAUCGAUUAGCCUGUCUGUUGAAUCAGCUAAUUUUCUAAUCAGUUUAUUUUUCUCACACAAAUACCAAAGUACAUUGUAAAAGUAAGACAUACCACUCUGUAAAAACAUAAAUUUUUUUCUUUCAAUUUUUUUUUUUUGACAUAAUGUGUGAAUUAGUGAGCUUUAGAGAUAAUGAUAGGCAGAUUUUGUUAUUUUAGAAAGAUCUGAGUUAGCUGUAGUUUGAGAGUUGUAUCAAUCUCCUCCUAAUGUCAUAAUGUUUACAAACCUAUGGAAAGCAACAAUGACACUACGUACCGGAAACUUCAUUCUUCAAUUACUUCACAAUAAGUUCUGAAAGGUUAUUUUCAAGAAAAUUAUCUUGAUGUGAAUGUCUCAGAGAACAUGUUCAUCAACAUGCCCCAGCAAAACUGAUCACUCCAAAUUUAUAUUACUGAUACCAAACCUGUGCUUUCGUAGAUAAAUGUACCAAAACCCUGUCGAAAACCUCAAGGGCAGAGCUGCAGAUGAUUGUAUCUUUUUAGAGUGAGUGGUACAGUCUGCAGACCUUUUCAAAACCACAAAAGAUACAACAUUCACAAUGGAUUGCUUGUACUAUUUUUGUACUUUUAUCUUGCCUUACUGACAACACAUGCAGGGCUGCAAAUUGAUGUGAUCUGUUUCUAAAUCUGGACCAGAACUGUACCAGAUAAAGGAUCCCACAUCGACACAGAGCCAGUGUCACUGCCAGAAGUCUUUUAUCCUGGCGCUUUCAUUGUUUUGAUCAUACCCUGUGUAAUCACUGCUGCUGUUCAUACUUCAUGGUACACUUUUUGUUGCUGUCAAAUAUGCUGUGUAAAUAAUAACUGUGUUUCAAGAGAUACCUUAAAGGACUUGUGGAGAUAAAGUCAGUGCCAUGACUGUAGGGAUCACAGACAGUUGGGUUAAUUCUGUCUUUAUCCUGAGAUAGACCUUUCUUCUGAAUCUUUUAAAUAAACCCAUGGGAUGGAUCAGAAUA